AUGACCUGGUUCUCAGGCCUGCACUGGCCUGGCUCUCAGUGCUCCGUCCCCAUCUGCCAGAUCCUCACAGGCUUCUGGUCAUCAGGCAGCAUGGUGGUGGCUGCCUUGGACAGCCAAGCCCUGGCUGAGCACAUCUUGGCAGAGUUCCAGCUGCAGGAGGAGGACCUGAAGAAGGUGAUGAGAAGGAUGCAGAAGGAGAUGGACCGAGGCCUGCGGCUGGAGACACAUGAGGAGGCCAGUGUGAAGAUGCUGCCCACCUACGUGCGCUCCACCCCAGAGGGCUCAGAAGUUGGGGACUUCCUCUCCCUGGACCUCGGUGGCACCAACUUCAGGGUGAUGCUGGUGAAAGUGGGCGAGGGGGAGGCAGGGCAGUGGAGCGUGAAGACCAAGCACCAGAUGUACUCUAUCCCCGAGGAUGCCAUGACGGGCACGGCUGAGAUGCUUUUUGACUACAUCUCUGAGUGCAUCUCUGACUUCCUGGACAAGCAUCAGAUGAAGCACAAGAAGCUGCCCCUGGGCUUCACCUUCUCCUUUCCUGUGAGACACGAAGACAUCGACAAGGGCAUCCUCCUCAACUGGACAAAGGGCUUCAAGGCCUCCGGAGCAGAGGGGAACAACAUCGUGGGCCUUCUGAAAGAUGCCAUCAAGCGGAGAGGGGACUUUGAGAUGGAUGUGGUGGCGAUGGUGAACGACACUGUAGCCACCAUGAUCUCCUGCUACUAUGAAGAUCGCCGCUGUGAAGUUGGCAUGAUUGUAGGAACGGGCUGCAAUGCCUGCUACAUGGAAGAGAUGCAGAACGUGGAGCUGGUGGAGGGGGACGAGGGCCGCAUGUGCGUCAACACCGAGUGGGGCGCCUUCGGGGACUCCGGCGAACUGGACGAGUUCCUGCUGGAGUACGACCGUGUGGUGGAUGAAAACUCCCUGAACCCCGGCCAGCAGCUGUUCGAGAAGCUCAUUGGUGGCAAGUACAUGGGUGAGCUAGUGCGGUUGGUGCUCCUCAAGCUGGUGGACGAGAACCUGCUCUUCCACGGGGAGGCCUCAGAGCAGCUGCGCACACGUGGGGCCUUCGAGACCCGCUUCGUGUCACAGGUGGAGAGCGACUCAGGAGACCGCAAACAGAUCUACAACAUCCUGAGCACGCUGGGGCUGCGGCCCUCGGCCACCGACUGCGACAUCGUGCGGCGCGCCUGCGAGAGCGUGUCCACGCGGGCGGCGCGCAUGUGUGCCGCGGGGCUGGCGGGUGUCAUCAACCGUAUGCGCGAGAGCCGAAGCGAAGAUGUGAUGCGCAUCACGGUGGGCGUGGAUGGUUCGGUCUACAAGCUGCACCCCAGCUUCAAGGAGCGCUUCCACGCCAGCGUGCGCCUCCUGACGCCCAGUUGCGAGAUCACCUUCAUCGAGUCGGAGGAGGGCAGCGGCCGGGGGGCAGCCCUGGUCUCUGCCGUGGCCUGGAAGAAGGCUUGCAUGCUGGGCCAGUGAGGAUAGCGGCCAUGUAAGCACUGGACAUGGGGCUCUGCGCACAGUGCCCCCAGCUUCCCGGCCAACACACCUCUUCUUGUCAGGACCCUGGACGCCUCCUGCUGCAUGCCAGCCUGGAAGAGGGGAAAGCGCGCCCCCUGGGGUGUACAGGAGACCCCAGCAUGCCUCUUCUCUCAGAGCAGAUGGGGGCCCAGAUCUGGGCCCCUGGCGAGGUUGGGGGCUGAGAUGAGCUGGAGUGGAGCUGCCCAAGUUCCCCAUUUCUCGCUGGAAUAGCCA